UUUUAUUUUCAACGCGAGUGUCGUGACUCGUGACUGCAGUCUGCUCUUCAACGACAUUCAGAAUUCAGAUCUUAGAAUUUACAUCAGUGAUUACUGAAUGUAUUAUCGUUUUUUAAUAGUCGCACCAUACACAUUUUGAUUCUAGUAAUUGCUGAGAUCAGUCUUGAGGUUGAAGAGUGUCAUUUAGAAUCUCUGUAUUGCCUGUAUCGGUAAGGAUUAAAGAACCGCCAACAUGAGGUCAAGAGUAAUUAGCCUAAUGGAUACUUUGAAUUCAGUUUCAUGUAGAUGUCCCUCUCAUUCCAAUUUAGGGGCUCUACCUUCAAGGCUCAGUACUAGCGUGGAUCAAAAAGAGUACGCUUUUGAAAUGGCAUGCUCAACUAUUCGGUAUGGCCCUGGUGUUACCAAAGAGCUGGGUAUGGACAUGGUUAAUAUGCAAGCUAAACGUGUGUGUGUCAUGACUGAUUCAAACUUGGUGAACUUGCCGCCAGUAAAAGCUGUUUUGGACUCGCUCACCAAAAACGAUAUUAAAUAUGACCUUUAUGAUAAAAUUAGAGUGGAGCCUAAYGAGAAAAGCCUUGAGGCUGCGACAAACUUUGUGCGUAAUUUGGAGUUUGAUGCAUUCAUAGCUGUAGGAGGUGGUUCUGUCAUGGAUACAUGUAAGGCAGCCAACUUGUACUAUUCUGAUCCUGAAGCUGAGUUGUUGGAUUAUGUUAAUCCUCCCAUUGGAAAAGGAAAACCAGUAACUGUGCCAUUAAAGCCAUUGAUAGCUGUACCAACCACCACUGGUACUGGAAGUGAGACUACUGGCGUUUGUAUUUUUGAUUAUGAAAAGUUGAAGGCCAAAACUGGUAUUGCAAAUCGGGCAUUAAGACCUACUUUAGGCAUUGUUGAUCCCUUGCAUGCAUUAAGCCAGCCAGAAAGAGUUUGUGCUUUUAGUGGUUUUGAUGUAUUUGGCCAUGCAUUAGAAUCAUUUACAGCUGUACCAUACAACGAGAGGUCUCCACGUCCAACCAAUCCAAUUUUAAGACCUGCAUACCAGGGUCGUAAUCCUAUUUCAGAUGUUUGGGCUCGGUAUGCAUUGGAUGUCAUUAAGAAGUACUUCAAAAGGGCUGUAUACGACCCUGAAGACUUUGAAGCACGUUCUAGCAUGCACUUAGCCUCUACAAUGGCUGGUGUCGGUUUUGGUAAUGCCGGUGUCCAUUUAUGUCAUGCACUGUCAUAUCCAAUCUCAGGAAAUGUAAAACAAUAUCAAGCCACUGACUAUGUUACUGAUCAUCCAAUUAUUCCUCACGGGUUAAGUGUCAUCAUGUCUGGGCCAGCAGUGUUUGAGUUCACAUCUUCAGCUAGUCCAGAACGCCACAUUGAAGGCGCUAAAUUGCUGGGUGCUGAUGUCAGUGGUGUUAAAAAUGCUGAUGCUGGGAAGUUAUUAGCUGAUGUCAUUCGAGGAUACAUGCAAGACAUGAAAAUCGAUAACGGUUUGUCAGCUCUUGGGUAUACUAAAGACGACAUACCCGGGUUAGUGAAAGGUACUUUACCACAGCAUAGAAUUACAAAGCUUGCUCCAAGAGAACAAUCAGAAGAAGAUUUAAGUCUGCUGUUUGAAAAUUCAUUAACUGUUUAUUAAGAACCAAUGUUAUCUUUAUGUAAUUUUAUUGUUGUUGAAUUUUAAAAUGUUUAAACAAUUUAGUUAAUUGUACUACCAUUAAUAAUUGUUUUAUUUGUUGUUUGUGUACAAGAUUUAUUAGUAAACAGUGUGGAAAUUGUAAAAUAUAUUUUUACCCCAUCUACUUAUAACAU